UUCUGUACAUUAAUACAACACCAUGAAACAGCCCAUCGAAAACAAGAAACAGUUCGUCUCCAACUCCAAGUACGGGGCAGUUGUAUCCGUGUGAAAAAGCUCGGACCCUCGUGUCACGAAAUGCAUGCGCCGCCGCGGCCUGGAUGGAGCCAGGCAGCAGGGUCAUCUUCCUUCCGUUUCUGUUCUUCUCCACUGCCUGUGUUUAAUCCUGAAGCAAACCCUAAUGGAGGGGCAAUGCUGUUCUAAGCGGGCCAACAGAUCCAAAUCGUAUCCAGCCACGGGACCUGAGACAGAGGCAGCCCCACGUGAGCGUCGUGGGGUUAUUUCCCUCGUUAAAACCUAUGGAUUUGUAGCAUUAUCUCUCAAGAACCCCAGACCAAAAAAAAAACUCGCUUGCUUAACUUGUGAAACCGCUGAGGUAGAAGCAAAACCUCCCAAAAAAAGGGUUGGAAAGCAGAUGAUAAAAAGCCCCACGGGAUCACCCCGAAUACAAGUGUUGAAGCAAUCGAAUAAAAAAAUCCAUUUCUUUAUCCCUCAGCCUUGACGGUGGCGGCGACCAUGGCGGGGUGCGGGGCGGCGGCGGACGAGAACCCGGCGGCGGAGGAGCUCGCGAGCGGCGCGGACGCCAGCUUGAAUGCCUUCUUUGACCACGCGGGGUUGGAGCUGGCGGCGGCAGCCGGAGGCGGGCAGGGGGCGGACGACGACGAGGAGGAGGAGCUGGAGUGGCUCUCUAAUAUGGACGCGUUCCCUUCGGUGGAGACCAUGUCGGCGGAGGUGGAGGCUGCGCCGUCGGCUGCGCCGCCGGCGCGCCUGGAGCCGCUGCCCCACGCGUCGCACGCGGUGGGGCCGAGGACCAAGGGCUUGCGGCGGCGGCGGCGGGUGACGGCGCCGUGGAGCGUCCCGCCGGUCCUGCCGCCGCCCGCGGGCAGCGGCGCGCCGCGGCGCCGGUGCACGCACUGCGCGUCGGAGGAGACGCCGCAGUGGCGGCAGGGCCCAGCGGGGCCCAGCACGCUGUGCAACGCGUGCGGCGUGCGCUUCAAGUCCGGGCGCCUGUUCCCCGAGUACCGCCCCAUCCUCAGCCCCACCUUCUCCCCGCUGCUGCACUCCAACUCGCACCGCCGCGUCAUGGAGAUGCGCCGCCACGUGGAGGCGGAGGAGGCCGCCCCCGCCGCCGGCCGCGCCGGCGCCAGGGUCCGCCGCGCCGAGCGCGCCGCGGCGCGCGCCGCCAAGGGCGAGUGAUGGCGCAGCUUUCGUUUGGCGAUGGAGGCGACCGGAGACCGGCCAUGAUUACCUGACCUCCGCUCCUUUUAUCUCCGUAGUUUUCGUUCGCAAUUCUAGUUUUUGUUAGGACUGGGUAGGAUUAGGAGGUCGAUGCAGCAGCUGCAGACGAGAGGGAGGGAAGAGCGUCGUCGUGAUCAAAUGUCCUGUGCAACCGUUGCUUCUGCUGUAAACAAGACUCAUGGAGGUCACCAAACUGCUCUAGUCCAUCCGCUGUAGUCCAUCCGCUGUAGCCUGUAGGGAUUGGAUGGGAUGGGACGGAGGAGAGUCAAUCAUGGAGAGCAUGGGAGGAGAGCAUACAUGGAGGGCGACAUGUCUGCCACUCAACGGCCUUUGCUUUCUGUUUCGCAUGGGAGGAGCAUACGAUUUCGACGGGUUUUUGCUUCCGUCUCCCCAUGAGUGAUGAGGCCGGCAAAUCACGCUCAUCUUCUACCUACCACACACGGAAGAGAAGAAGAGAUGGCCGCCUUCGUUGCACCGUCCGCGGAUAUAUGCUCUUGCCCCGUCUGUCAGUGGCCGUGCAGCGCUUCCUGUCAUUCUUCUUCCCUCCUGGAACUGGAAGUGGCGAUGGCGACUGGCAACGUGCUCGCGGUCGCAGGUCGCAGGUCGCAGCCUUCUAGUUUCAGGAGGUUGCAGAAGCCCAAACCGAGCAAAAGCUUUAUCACUGCAUUGCGUCAAUAUUCACAAGAAGCUGCUGGGUCAGCCGUCCGUCGUUGCAGUGCAGCGCACGGCCCUGGCAUUUAGUUUUGCGAGCAGUGGCAAAAAGAGCAAAUUAUGGCGCCCCAGGCGCAUGUGGGCUACUGGGCUGGAUGUUGCUUGCUGGUACGCCCAUGCUCGAUUCUGGAGUACAUUUGAUGCAGUACUCUGCAUAUCAUCCCGUGUUCUUGUUUCUUCAGACUUGCAUGGAAUGCAGUAUACCCUUUGCUGUUCUAA